CGGGCCGGAAGCGGCGGCGGCAGCGGGGCGGGAGCGGGGAGCCGGCGGCGCCCGCAGGUAGGUGCGGCCGGGAGCGGGCUCCGCGGAGAGGGGGCGGCCGCGGGGCGCCCACGCGCGCGCACGCACCCCCUGCGCGCACGCACACGCGCGGAGCCUCUGUACGCCCCACGGACCCCGGGGCACCCUGGCUCCACGCGCCCCAAAUACAGCCCCCAGUGCCCGGCUGCACCCCGUGGCCCCAGCCCCCCCACACCCUAAAUACAGCCCCACCUGUCGUGGCUACACCCUCAUACACCCUAGAGCCCCAACAUGUCCUGGCUACACCCCAUAGCCCCAGCCCCCAUAGAGCCUGGCUACAGCCACACAUGUCCUGUCUACACCCUCAUACACCCUACAGCCCCAUGUGCCCUGGCUACACCCCAUAGCCCCAGCCCCCAUCUACCCUAAAUACAGCCCUGACAUGUCCUGGCUACACCCCAUAGCCCCAACCCCCCAUACACCCUAAAUACAGCCCCCACAUGUCCUGGCUACACCCCAUAGCCCCAGCCCCCAUACACCCUAAAUACAGCCCCCACAUGUCCUGGCUACACCCCAUAGCUCCAGCCCCCAUCUACCCUAAAUACAGCCCUACAUGCCCUGGCUACACCCCCUACACUGUAAGUACAGCCCGCUGUGUCCAGCUGCAGCCCAUGGCCCCAGCCCCCUACACCCUAAAUACAGCCCCACCUGUCCUUGCUACACCCUCAUACACCCUGAAGCCCCACAUGUCCUGGCUACACCCCAUAACCCCAGCCCCAUAUACCCUAAGUACAGCCCCCACAUGUCCUGGAUACACCCCCUAGCCCCAGCCCCCAUAUACCCUAAAUACAGCCCCACCUGUCCUUGCUACACCCUCAUACACCCUGAAGCCCCACAUGUCCUGGCUACACCCCAUAGCCCCAGCCCCCAUAUACCCUAAAUACAGCCUCCACAUGUCCUGCUACACCCCAUACACCCCGGCUGCAGCCCGCAGCCCCAGCCCCGGGUCGGCAGCAGGCUGCGGCAGCUCCGUGCGCUGUCGUAGCUGCCCUGGCCCGAGAGACUUUGCACCCUGGGACACAGUGCAACCAAGGUUAGAGCUGCGCCUCCGCUCCCCCACAGGGUCUUCCUGCUGGCCCCAUAACGGGGCCCGAGGCCCUCUGUGAGGCCAGCGAUGCCGGGGUGUGAUGUCCACCAGGACCUGUUCACCCCCCAGCCCUCGAUGCCCCCCAGGCGCCCCACACUCGGUGCAGCGGUGCUGCAGUAGUCCAGGUGACACGCGAAGCAGCACUCGUCCGGCCUUCACCUCUGCAUUUGUUUUAGGUUUUCCUUAGCCCUAAGCUUCACUGAAGCAAUGCUUAGACUGCGCUUAUUAACGUGGGAUGUGAAAGAUACACUGCUCCGGCUUCGGCAGCCAGUGGGCGAAAAUUACUCAGCUGAGGCCCGGGCUCAUGGCGUCCAGGUGCAGCCAGAGGCUCUCAAUAAAGCUUUCCAGGAGGCUUUCAGAGCCCAGCGGAAGCACUUCCCCAACUACGGCCGGGGCCAGGGGCUGAGUUCCAAGCAGUGGUGGGUAGAUGUGGUCAAACAAACCUUCAGACUCUCAGGGGUGCAUGAAGACAGAGUCCUAACACGGAUGGCAGAAAACCUCUACCAGGACUUCUGCAGUGCACACACCUGGGAAGUGCUGCCAGGAGCCAAUGAGACUUUAAGGCAGUGCCACGAGCAGGGCUUUCGAAUGGGGGUGAUCUCCAACUUUGAUAAGAGGCUUGAAAAGAUUCUGUCCCAGUGCAACCUGCAGCACCAUUUUGAAUUUGUCUUGACCUCCGAGGACGCGGGUUUCGCCAAACCGGACAAGAGGAUCUUCGAGAAGGCCCUGCGCCUCUGCGGGGUUCCGCCGGGGCAGGCGGCUCACGUGGGAGACGACUACGUGAGGGAUUACAGGGCAGCCAGAGAGGCCGGCAUGCACAGCUUUCUGCUCACGGCUGCUGGGCAGCGCGGGGAGCUGGAGGUCCCGAAGGAGCACGUCCUGCCUUCGCUCAGCCACCUCCUCGCUCUUAUUGAAAAGGGUUAGCCGCGGUAGCCGUAUUUCAAAGCAGGACCAAGACCACUGCUGAGCAGGUGACAUUCCUAGCGCUUGACUUCUUGCUGCCAUUUCAGUGAGAAACAAGUGCUUCCUUCAGAGCACAGGGAGAAAUGCUCCCCACAGCCUGCCCCCCCCCCCCCGAAUAGAAGGGGCAUUAAUAUAAUAAAGCGUAUCUGACA